GUUCCCCAAAAUAUGACCUGGGAUGAGGCAAAGGAAAACUGUGGGUCUAAAGGUCAAGGUUCCCUUGCUGCUGUGUAUAAUGACAUGCAAGCUCAUGAAAUUUAUCAGGAGAUGACCAAUGUUGGGCUUCACGAUGGACGAGUGUGGGUUGGAGGCAGCAAAAAAUCAGGGGAUCCUUCUUGGUCCUGGGGUGAUUAUUCUUUGUUUGACGGCUUUGCUGAGUACUGUCGUGGAGAAUCUGCACGCUAUGAGAACAACUGUUUGCAGAUCACUUUCGAUGAACACGGUUCAGGAUGCCUGGAUGACCUGCAGUGUGAUGUGGAGCUCCCAUCUGUCUGUGCAAUCCUCCUCUAUUAAUCUGGAAAGACCAAUGAGUCCUGAGCAGACAGUGGUUAAUGUGCCUCUUCACUAUCAGUCUGCAUUUAUCAGUUUUGCUUCGGUGUUUCUGCUCGAUUUGCUUUAAUGAAACCAAAGAUGUUAACUAACAAUUUACGGAAACGACAUUUUUAUGAGCUUUUAGUCCUUGAGCUUUUAAUUAAAACCGAUACCAUCUGUUUUAACGCUCUAGAAAAUCAUCUGUCAUUUCUAACCUUUUUCCAAAUAAAAUCUUCAGCAUUGAA